AUGAGAUGCUGGUGCGGCGCCCUGGCCCUCCUCCUCGCCUGGGUGCUGGUGGCCUUGGAUGCCAAGCUCAUCUGCUGGCAGGCGCUCCUGCGGUGCCACGAGGAGCCCGAGUGCGACCUCGCGUACGGCCAGUACCUGGCGGCCUGUGAGGGGAACAUCCGGGGCACGAGGAUGCAGUGUCCGAGCCACUGCAUCAACGCGCUGAUCCGGCUCAACCACACCCGCAGCGGGCCGGACCUGGAGACCUGCGACUGCGCGCGGGACAUGGAGUGCCUCGGGGCCAAGCGCGCCGUCGAGCCGUGCCUCCCCCGGCGGCACCCGAGCGACGCCGGCGGCAUCGGCUGCAUGGAGGCCCGGCAGCGCUGCGAGGAGGACAGCGACUGCCACGCCUCCCUCACGGCCUACCUGUCCUACUGCGGGCAGCUGUUCAACGGCCGGAAGUGCUCGUCCAAGUGCAAGGCCACCAUCCAGCAGAUGCUGUUCAUCCCAAACGGCGCGCUGCUGAACCGUUGCGUCUGCGACGGGGUGGAGAGGCCCUUCUGCGAGGUGGUGAAGGAGAACAUGAGCAAACUCUGUGCCAUAGGGGACGAUGAGAGGAAGUGA